GUCUGCUGAAAAACCUAUCCUAGCACUAUGCGAUCAUUUACCAGCUGGCGCUUGCUUUGGACGGACGUUUCAACGCACGUUUACAUCCACAACAAGCCAGCAAUAACUACAGUACAGUGUCAAAAGAGCGUUACUAUCAACACCAACAUCAAAAUAGAGAGAGAGAGAGAGCGAGCGCGCACGAGUGAACCGGCUUCGUGUGCUGUCCCCGUAGAAGCGGCCAGGACGUGAUUCGGGAAAGCUUCCCCACACGCCGAACUUUCCCGAAAGCUCGUUCGAUCGGUGGAUCUGUUUGUGUACGGCUCGCAGCAAGGUCCGUCCGACUGAAGUGAACGUUAGCGGUGGGUUCAGUGCAUCUCGGUUGCUUGCGCUGUACGGAAGUGGAUGUGGUGAAGACCAGUCGCCUGCAGACUCCAUCCAAAUCCCUGCCAACAGGGAGACAGUGUGCGUGAGUGUGAAUUGGUUCUUUUUAUUCUUUGCUUCUACGACCGAUUGAUUGCCGCAAGUUGGGGGGGUAGUAACGAGGCCGGAUAUUGAAGACGAGUUGCCGUUCGUGGUACGAUAACAGUUUUAUCGGGUCUGGAGUUAAGGUGACAUACUGUUGAGGAAACUGCCGUGGUUAGGUGAAACAGUGCACAGCUGGUAAGACUGGCCAGUGCAUUGGGAUGGUAAAUAUUUACAUCCACCAGCGGCCACGAGUGUUACGCAGGAAGCAUUCCCGAAGAUGCUCGUUGAGAUCGAUUUAAAUAAUCAACAUUUCCGAUCUGUGUCUCAACAAGUCCUGGCUACGGUCCUGGUCGAAUUGGUGAUGAUGUAACAAGAACCAUGUGCCCGACCGAUGCGAAGUGUCCAGUGCAGUGAAACGGAAUGUAACGCAAAGUGGUCCAACAGCGCACCUACCAACACGAACCUGAAUAAGUGGUGGACAGCACCGUACAAGUGGAAUCCGUUUAAACCCCCCUUUCGGCUAGCGUUGGUUGGAUCCCAUUCCACGCCCAACGCUUCACCCAGGGAAACAGCUGUUCAGACUAAAGUUCAUCCCCUCCCAAAGGGAGCUCUAAUUGGACCUUCGGAUCACAAACUGCGCCAUCGAGCAGAAGUGCACAGGCGGCACCACAACUACCGGAAACAACCCACCUGCAUCGGUUGCACCGGGAAGCGUCGGCGAAGUAUUUCACUCAUCAGACUGCGAGAUAGUGUCUGCAUCCCUGUGGGGAACUAUUCGUUAGCCCAGUCCAGUCCAGUCCAGUCACCGGCAUGGUGUUUGUAAGCUCGGCCGUGCUCGGUGCAGCGGCCGGUACCGGCCUAGCGCUGCUGGUAGCCGUCACGAUCGUCAUGUACCGGUACUACGUGGUGCGCCGCAAGGGCAAAGAGUGGGCCGAGCUGGACCGGUUGGAAGAGAAAAAGGCGGCCCGGAAGAUCAAUCUGCAGGACUGUAACGUGUCGAGCGGUUCGGUACCGGUACAGCCAGCGAGCAGUGUCGUCCAUCAUUCGAUUAGCUCGGAAACGCUCGGCACGGGCCCGGUGGAAGUAACACCCAGCCCGCUGCAACCGACCCUGCCCACGGUAGGGCCGACGAAAAAAUCGUACGGUACGGGUGACACACGCGGCGGACCCGGCUACCGCCCAUCGCAUCCAGCGGCCUCGUCUGCCUCGCGCAACAACAGCAUGGAGAGUGUCCAUUCGAGAAGUUCGAGUUACCGGGAAAGUGUGCCGAAAUUUAUGACACACGCAAACAGCGACACUCGCUCGACUACUUCCGAUAAUAUAAUUCUGAGGAAAUCUCGUUCGCCCAGCCCGAUGCGUACGUUCAGCCUGGAGGGACGCUUUCCCAUCGGUACCGGAAGCAAUGCGGGCGCCGUAGGACCCGCCGACGGUACGGAACGGGGCAGCAAAGCGAGCCUUACAUCGGUCGUCAGCAGUGGUGGUGGUCCACGCGAGUUCAACUCACCCAAGAAACGGAACAGCACCUUCUCGGGCGUAAUGUCACUGGUCGGUGAUGGGAACGCACCGGACAGUCCUAUCGGUUCGAUCCGGUCCGAUAGUAGCCGCUCGCCCCGCAGACGUGUUCCGGUGAUUUUGGCAGCGAACGACAUCCACUCGGUACUGGGGCGCUUCCAUCUGCGGCUAAAGUACGACGGAAGCAAGGAAGAACUGUUGGUCCAUCUGGUUGAAGCACAAGAUCUAACGCCUGCUGGAGAUGCCGGUUUCCGAGACCCGUACGUGAAGAUGUUCCUCGAGCCGGACGAAGAGCAGCGGACGCAACAGACGGCGGUACACCGAACCGAAACGCAUCCGUACUUUGACCAGCAACUCUCGUUCCCGCUGAAGCCUCGCAAUCUAGUCAAGAGCAACUUUGUGCUGCAGCUAUUGGACUACGAUCGCUUUUCGCACGACGAAGUCAUCGGUGAGAUUCGCUUCCUGCUGAACACGCUCGACCUGUCCGGUUGUGAGCUUUGGGGGGAUUUGAUCGCCGUUCGCAAACCUUCCGAAUCGUCGUCCGAGCUGCUGAUCUCGCUCAGCUACCUACCCCAAGCGGAACGGCUCACGGUGGUUGUGAUGAAGGCGAAGAACCUGUCCAUCUCGCACGAACCCUUCGUGAAGCUGUAUCUGCUGGUUAACGAUAAGCGCACGAAAAAGCGUAAAACCAGUGCGAUCCGUGCGCUGGACCCAACCAAUCCGAUCUGGAACGAGGCGUUCACGUUUGAGCUGCCGUCGUCGCAGCUGCAGGACGCCGGUGUCGAGCUGUUCGUAACAUCGAACGAAGGCGAAGGGCAGGAUCUGGGCUGUGGGGUGGGUUUGCGCGAGGGUGGCAGCGGUACACAGCACUGGCAGGAUCUGAUGCAGAACAACCGUAAACCCAUCGCCAUGUGGCACGUUCUUCGAUAAGAGGCCGGUGGCAACGUAUGCGAAAUUCACCAGGGAAUUGAUGAGAGGAUGAAACGCUGCCCCGAGCGAUGGGACACGAAGUGCAACGAAACGAUGUAUGACUCUCGAGACCGACCGAAUGACAUGAAGCAGGUCCAUCCCAUAAACCCCAAAGCAAAAGGUAACUAGCCGGCCAACAACAAGACCCUGUUAACAAAGUGGGAUUUUUUUUGGAGAAAAAGGGCUUUUAAUAUGAUAGUUUUGUUAUUACGGAUUCUAUAUUUCACUCGCUAAAGGGCGAACGUAUAGGUCAUGCAACAGGUGGGUAGAAGAGUCUUUGCCCUAUUUAAGAAAAGGUUUUGUUUUUAGCUUAAUUACAUUUUUUUACUCAAAAUAGCUUCCUUCAUGAGCGAUGUGGCGAUCUUGGUAUACUAACUUGGUAGCCUCCCAAUAUGCCUCUAGUGAGGUGAUUUCUUCUCUACGAGUAUGAUUUAGAGGACUUUGAACAGUUAAGUCCGGAUUCAAGUCUGGGUAAAACUCAUCAAACCAAUGUAAAUUGGUGUUCCCAUCUUUUAAAUGCCACCAAAGAAACAGAAGCGGAAGAAAUCCGUUUUUAUCCACCCCUUUUAAGUAACAAAUGAUGAUUAGCUCAGAGGAUUCCUAUAUCAAACAAAGUGAAUCCUACCUUAUCUAUCAAAUCCCAUUCAAAGUUUUCUACGACUAGUCCGAUAUACGACCGAGCAAUGACACCAGCCAAGGUAUUUUGGACCUUGGAUGCAUUUUGAAUUUUCUCUUUGAUCAGAUCGGCAGUUUGAUCUGCUUCACCUGCUGCUCCACCUUGAUACAUACUAACAAUCUGACAGCUGUCACAUUUACCAACUAAAAGAUUCAAAUUGUAUUAGCGCCAUCUAUGUGUCAGAAUGAGUUAGGCUUAUCUACCCACCGGUUGGAGUGAUACGCCAGAAAGUAUGCGAUCUGCGCAUCAGAACUAGAUUGUUUAGGCUUUUGACGGAGCUACGAAUAUGUUUAAUGAAAUUAAUCGUUCCAAUGAAUCAGUAAUAUUCUAUUAUUAGGUGGAAUAGUCCAAAAUCUCCUCCUUAUAUUUAUUUCUAUCAUUUUUCCUCAUGUGUACAGCAAAAAAAAAUUAAUUUCCGGUUAUACGAUCGAAAUCUUUCCAGCCAAAGAUGACAGAUCGAUACACUCAAAUAAAAGUUAAGAAAAAAAUUAGUCACAUCUUGCUUCUGGUUAACCUGAAGAAAGCUGUAUUUUAGAAAAUGAAGGGAAUAGUUGAGUUUCGGCGAUAUUUUUCAGCUCAGUUAUCAUACAUCAAAUUAAAGGUUUCACAUACCAACUGCACCGCCCGCAGGCAGAUUGUUGCAUUUUUAAUGUUUACCCUACAAAAGCAAAGCGUUUGCAAAUUGAAUUGAAGCCAAACUUUAUUCCCACCCUCCCUCACAUUGGUUUCCUUGACGGAACACGCGUUCAAUUGAAUGUGCAUUGCAAAACACGCAUAAGAAGAAAAACAAAAAACAAACACCGUUGUAAAAUGUAGACUGAUGCAAAGUAUAACUUUAUCGCUAGACGAGAGAUGAGAGGAAAGAAACGAACAAACAGACAACAACAAAAUGAAACAGAGUAAACCAUAUUUAUUCAGCUCAAACCACAUAAACUAGAGUGAAAAACAACAACCAAAAAAAAAAGUGGAAAACAAACACACAAAAAAACCGCACAAACGAUGUAAAUUAUAUUACUUAAACUUUAAACAACAGCUCACACCAUAUUGAGAUAAAAAAAAACAUUCGCUUUGCCUCUACUGGGUACAGGUACAAAACAAAAACACACAACACCUAUCGAACGAAAAUGGAGCUUAAAUGGAGGGCGUAGUAGCGAAGAAAAGCUUAACAAUGUUACUAAGAGAAAGGCAAUGCGAAAGCAUAUAUUUAUGUACAAUAUUUUAAAACAAAUAACCAAAAAAUGACUAAAAGAAAAGAAGAAGAGAAAAAAACACUUUAAACAAAAAUUAUUAUAAAAAAUAUAAAAUCAAAAAACCAAAAAAAAGGAAAACCAACAAAAAACAACACAAACGCUUCAACUACAAAGUUAUAGAUGUUUUAUAUGCCGUACUGAAACGAGUUUAAAGACUUGAGAUCAAAAAGAAAAAAACAAAGAACAAAUUAAUUACUAAAGUGUAACAGUUGGUUGGCGACUGAUGAGGGAAGGACUAGAAUGAUGAUGGAGGGAGGCAAACAGACAAAACCGAGCAAGAAAACUUAAUGUGUCCUAUACUAUACUCUACAGAUGGUGGCGUAAAUUUGUACGUAUUCGUAUGAUUAUACAAAACAACAAAAUGGCACUAUUUAUACGUAUAUUGGUAACGUUUAUAUACAUUAUUCAUAAUGGUAUGAUAUGAUCAUAUAACAAACAAAAAAACUAAAGUAGCUGCCCCGUUUUCGGUAUCCGUAUCAAAUAUGGAACCGGGUUGGAGGCCAGCAAACCGCAACAUACAUUCCCACCCUACAAUAUAGCAUAGAUACUAGAUGGGGCUAUAUAUACAUAUAUUUUGGCCAUGUUUCCUACUGCACUGCACAAACCAAACACACUACAAUGAACAUAACUAACGCAAAUUAUAAAACCGUCGUACGGGUUUUGUUGUACCCUAGGCGUAGAACGCUUCCAAUGAUUCGUAUGCAAACUCAAGCCCCAACCACAAUAGACACGAGCGAAAAAGGAGGUGACCUAAGGGAUUUGAAAAUGCUCAUAGAACAGUGCUUGCCGUAAUGUAACAAAUCAAUUAGCAGAAAGGUCGGCCAAUUCGGUCGGUUCGUCUCAUUCCAUCAUAUCAGUAGCAUUUCUGGCAACCCAAAGUUUUGCCCAGUGGAAGGUUUGCCCCCAAAACCGAGCAACCCUUUAAUAUGCUUAUUGUUCGACGUCUAUAUUUACCGCCUCAGAGAUUAACCUUAAUCCAAUGCAAAAAAAGUGUCAACAAAAGCUCUUACCAAAAAGUUUCCCGCCGCGGGAAAAAGUAAUGUAAUCCUUAAGCCUCGUAGUGUGUUCUUCUUUUUGUCGCAAACGUGUUACUUCCCUUAAUGCUAAAAGGUUAUUAACGUUUAUGUUUCACACCUUACAUCCUCAAAUCUUAUAACUACUGCACCUUUCUUGCUUUCUUCGCACUCAAAUCAACCAAAACCCUAUUGCGAACUGCUGAAGAGUGUACUACAGUCAGAUACAGAAAACACACAGACACACACCCGAGUAAGGAAGAAGAAGCCGAAGGAAGAAUAUUGGAUUUUCAAUAAAAAAAAAAUCGAAGAAACACACACAAA